AUGGAGGGGCUUUACUUUAACGUCGAUAACGGGUUUCUCGAAGGGUUGAUCCGCGGGUACAGGAACGGGUUGUUGACGAACAACCAGUAUAUCAACUUGACGCAAUGCGAUAACCUUGACGAUCUGAAGUUGCAGCUGUCAUCUACAGACUACGGUAAUUUCUUGUCGCAAGUGUCGAAUGACGCGCUGACCACGUCUGUGAUGCAGGAGAAGGCGUCUGAGAAACUGUACAAGGAGUUUGGGUACAUUCGGGACCAGAGCAGCGGGCUAACGCGGAAGUUUAUCGACUAUAUCACUUACAGCUAUAUGAUUGACAACGUUGCGUUGAUGAUCACUGGAACCAUUCAUGAGAGAGACAAGUCUGAGAUCCUCAGCAGGUGCCACCCCUUGGGUUGGUUUGACACACUUCCCACGUUAUCUGUCGCCACGGAUUUGGAGUCGCUUUAUGAGACUGUUCUUGUGGAUACACCAUUGGCGCCAUUCUUUAGAGAUUGCUUCGAUGCGGCCGACGAACUGGAUGACCUGAAUAUAGAAAUCAUCAGAAACAAACUGUACAAGGCAUACCUGGAAGACUUCUAUAAGUUUGUUUCAGAAGAAAUCGACGAACCUUCCCGUGAAAUAAUGCAAACUUUGCUUGGUUUUGAAGCUGAUAGGAGGUCUAUAAACAUUGCGCUAAACUCAUUACAAAGUCCAGAUCUAGAUCCUGCUUUGAAGAAGCAGUUGCUACCGGAAAUUGGUAAACUGUAUCCUGUCGCCACAGAACAACUGGCCAACGCUAAGGAUUUCGAAUCUAUCAGAGCUGUGCUGGGUCAAGUUCCUGACUAUAGAAAUGCUCUAGAAUCUGGGUCGCUAGAAGACCAUUUUUAUAAACUAGAGAUGGACCUUUGUAGAGACGCUUUUACACAACAGUUCACAAUUAGUACAAUAUGGGCAUGGAUGAAGUCAAGAGAACAAGAAGUGAGGAAUAUCACCUGGAUAGCUGAGUGUAUUGCUCAAAACCAAAGGGAGAGAAUCAACAACUAUAUAUCAGUGUAUUGA